GGAGUACCCCAGCGUGUGGCGCUACAUGACCGACAGUCUCCCAGACAUGGCGCUGAGGUCAGCAACCGCCUGCUCCCUGCGUGCUCCACUGGCGCUGUGUGCGCGGGGCAUGAGCUCCGGGGAGGCGGGCUCCGGGGCGGGGUAUGGUGGCGGCUCCGGUGGCGCCAUCAAGGACGCCGGCGGCGCCUUCGGCAAGAGGGAGGUGGCCCUAGAGGAGCAGUACUACCGCAAGCUGCAAUAUCAACAGAUAGAGAAGAUGAAGGCUGGAAUAGAAGAGGAGGUACAUUUCCACAAAGAACAAGUCCAAGCCCACAAAGAUGCCAUAAAAAGGCACCACCGAAUACUGGAUGAGCUGAUGAUGAGCAUGAGGAACAUUGUGGCCAGAGACAAGCUGUCUGGUAAUGACUCUUAAGAUCAUUAUGAUGAUGAUGAUGAUGGCCACACCUCUUAAACCAAGCUCAUCUAUAGCCUAAUUCUGAAGUUUGGUUAGCUGUGACGCUUUGCUGUGUGUGUGUGUGUGUGUGUGUGUGUGUGU